AUGGCAACUAAAGCAAAAGUUCAGCGGAUUAAAGCUUUUCUCCGUGUCUUAAAGUACUCAAGUGGAGGAGUUAUCGAGGGAGGGUCUCCGGAAGGACCAAUCACCUAUGGGGAACAACCUGCAAAAUUAUACAAGCUGAAGCAUCUUUCAAAGAUGGAGCUUGUUACUAAUGACCCCAGUGGAUGUACAUUUAUUCUGGGAUUUGAUAGCCUUAGAAGUCAGAGUGUGGCCCCUCCUCAAUGGACCACGCGCAAUGUUGAUGACAGGAAUCGUCUUCUAAUGUGUAUAUUAAACAUUUGCAAGGACCAUUUGGGUCGUCUUCCCAAAGUGGUUGGUCUGGAUGUUGUGGAAAUGGCUCUUUGGGCUAAGAGUAACACAACCGCAGUCCCUAAUAAGGGAAUCUUCAAAGUGGACCUGCUGCAGCUACUGAGACGGAGAUUGACUUGA